AUGUUGGCUGGUACCGGCAUUGCCUUGGCGGCUACCUUAUUCCAAAUUCAUUAUGAACGCAGUACACUAAAAUCUUUCUAUCGUGCAAUCGAUUAUCCAUUCAGAAAGAUCAUCUUUGGUCGCAUGGAUCCCUUCGAUCUCUACAGUUCAUUGCGUCCAGAAUUUCAUAGUUCUCUUAAAACGAUCGGUGUGAUCUCUCGAGAAAAAAGCAAAGUUUUGGAUUUGAAUCUCGCUCCAAUCACCAAUGGCAUUGCCAGUCUCCGAAAGCUACAAACUGUAAAUACAUUUUACUUUCGUCAUCCGGAGCUUCUCUUUGAGAUAUUCGAUGUGGAGCACCUGGCAAUCACUCAUCUCAAGUUAUCUUUUAUACCCAAGUGGAUUCCAAUUAUAUUAAAGCUGCGAUGUCUUGAAACUCUAGAAGAUGAAACAGAACACGCUAUAACAUGUGAAACAUCAUCAGAUGAUGAAGAGGAUGACGACGAAGAGUACUUAUUGGAAGAUGAAUCAUCAUUUGGUAUCAUGAGAGUGAGUCCGAGUGCAAAAGUAUUACCAAUUAUUAACUCAAAACAACACUGUGCCUAUCUUUACCUGUAUUCUUUGUCAUAUCAAAAGUCAUGGGGAAUAAAAAUUUCAUAA